CUCUGGAAAAGAGGUAUGGAUGCGUGUCCGCCUCGGCUUAGCUCCUUUAAUGGCCACCGAAGGCCCAGGAAAGCAACACAAAUGAGAGCAGGCACGGCGGGGGCCAGCAGAACCUGCCUCGAUCCGUGGGAAAGGAGUCAACGUAGCAGAGGAAAAAGCAGAGAGAGAUGGAGGAGAGGAGGAAGAAGAAUCCACACCCUGCUCCACCCUUCACUGAAGCAAGGAGCAGAGGCGGCGGAGGGGGCGAGAGUGUUCACCAUAAUCAACUACUGCAAGACGACGAUAUGGCCGGGGAUCACGCCGGGGAACAGCUUCAACGGCGGCGGGUUCCCACUGAAGCCCGGGGAGUCGGUGGUGUUCACGGCGCCGGUGGGAUGGUCGGGACGCAUCUGGGGGCGAACCGGGUGCGACUUCGACCGCGACGGGAACGGCUCGUGCCAGACCGGCGCCUGCGGCUCCGUCCUCAAGUGCUCCGCCUCCGGCCAGACCCCCGCCACCCUGGCCGAGUUCACCCUCGCCCCCUUGGACUUCUACGACGUCAGCCUCGUCGACGGCUUCAACCUGCCCAUCACGGUGACGCCGGUCAACGGGCAGGGUGGCAACUGCAGCUCCGCCGGCUGCGACGGCGACCUGCGCGACAACUGCCCCUCGGAGCUGGCCGUCAAGUUCGACGGCAAGACGGUGGCCUGCCGGAGCGCGUGCGACGUGUUCAACACCGACCAGUACUGCUGCCGCGGCGUGUUCGGCAACUCGGUGAUCUGCCAGCCGACGUACUACUCCAAGAUCUUCAAGCAAGCCUGCCCCGGCGCCUAUAGCUACGCCUACGACGAUCCCACCAGCAUCUUUACCUGCGUCGGCGGCGAUUACAUCGUCAGCUUCUGCUCCAAAAGCCGGAAGCAGAGGGUGUGCACCUACCACAUCAACAAGCUGAUAUGCAGCGGAUCACCCGGACGAGGAGCAUCGUCGACAGGGAAAUGGCUGGCUGUGCUGCUCUUAGGAUUGGCGAGCAUGUGGCCGUCAUCGUGGCUGUGACACCACUGAAUUCUUUUCCUUCUUAUCUUUGGGAAAAGUCGGUGAGGAUGCCUCAAGAACAGGAUCCUCUGCUGUAAAGUUUAGAUUUUAUUCAUUUGGGUGGGCGAUGGUACUCCAAUCAUAUAUAUCUAUAUAUCUAUAUAUAUUCUUUCCA